CCCCAGCCAGAGGAGCAGAAACAACAAGCCGCCAUUUUGUUUGUGCUGAGAGAGAGAAGGAGGCAGGAGCGACCGAAAAAAAGCCAGUCGAGCGCCGACCACAGCGACUCCGCGCGCCGCCGGCUUCGUCCUCGCGCAACUCAACCGGAUAAAACACAACCCGGGCGACUAGCGAAGCAGCGGAAGGAGAUUAUAGAUUCUCCCGUGUGGAAAUCAAAGAGCAGACCGGGUUUUCCUUUCUUUUACUGUUCUUUAAAAAAAAAAACGAGGCGGAAGAGAGCAAUACAUUUAAACGAAGGGAAGCUCGUCAGGGGAAAAGGAAAAUAACCGCGUCACGAAGUGGGAAUAUCUGUGAAAUUGCAUCGCCGGUUGCUGGCGGACGACAGUGAAAGUGCGAAAAAUUGCUGGAACUGAGCAGGGGACGGGAGAAAUUUAAAAGGGAUGCACGCGCAGGGGGGUUCACGGCAUCACAAAGCCUAUGAAGGGGUUUUGAGGACCCCCAGAUUUUGGGGGGUGCAGCUGGCAAUAUCUCCCGGAUCGGCAGAUGCUUCAGCGCCGAGAUAUUACUGAAGCCCGGUUCGGUUCAGUCUGUUUUCGACCCGCUGCUCUUCCUCUCGCUCCUUCUUAAUGCUCCGCUAGGCUCUUCGUGCAGUGACUUAUUAUUCUUAUUUGCUUGAUGUGUCAGUGCAUGGAGACGCAUAUGCAUUGACCAACUUCGCUUGAUUCCCAUUCUUUAUCCCGUGCACGGCGGACUGCACGACAGCGAGACAACAUCAGACGAACUACCGAUUGCGUAGAUGUGCUGUACACUAGCCAGACACUUCUGAAAUAAUUGCUGUGCAUUUUGCAUGCACGAGCUGUGCGCAGUGCAGCGUGGUCUCGUGAAAGCAAUGGUCAGAGAUUUUCUGCAAACACUUUUAACUCGUGCAGUGGACACAUUCACACCGAGGGCGCACGAGCCAUAGUCAGAUGCGAGUGCACAAUAAACCAUUUAACUUGUCACUUUGAAGUAUUGUUGCAAAAUACUAAGAGACGAACGCUGAAAUAUGCAAGUUGUUGGGAAUCAUCUAAAGUGGUAGCUCGUGCAUACAAACUGAAGUCAUUACAGUUCUUGGAUACACAUUUAUCGUGUUAUUUAUUCUAUGAUGAAAGGAAACUUUUACAUGCAUAUGGUUGUUUAAUUCUACUCCCAUUUCAAAGUAUUUAUUUGUUCUCUCCUUCCACCUUAAUGACUUUGGAGGAAAUAAAUACAUUGAUGAAGGAGAUGCAAACAUCUUGUGUCGAUUUUAAGGAGCAUGAUGGACUUUUAAUCUUCUAAAUAAAGUGAUGCUGGCUGAGAAUUGCACAUGCUAAAAUGCAAAGAGACAUAAUUCUGAAUCUUAGUGUUUGCUCAUAAACAUUGCACCGGAGCGAGUUCGGUUUCUCGUACACAACGCCUUAAAAAAAAACCAACACUUCAGCUCGCCGCCGACAAUGGCGGAAAAGACGGAUGCAAGCAGCGAGGAUAAAUCUCGGGAAAAUUGCUCAGCCGCCGAGGAGGCUACGUGAGUUUGCGGCGAGCUUGCAUGACCGCCUGUCCCUCCCUUCACCUCCUCCAUUCGGAAAUAUACUUUGAGGAACUAAAGACUUGAAAAUCUUAAAAGAGAGCAUUAAAGGUGGACUGAACAUUGAAGCAUUGCAUGCAUGUAUCGUCCCAUGAAAGGGAAACGGGAAUCCGUCCGGAGCUCGUGAACGAGGAGAGAUUUCAUUUGCACAUCGGCUCGCGACUGCACAGGAAGGGCUAUCCUUCGGGGGUUGUAUGCUUUAACACUAAACCGGAGGAAAGCUAUGGCCGAUAAUGUGCUGGAAUCCGGUCCGCCUUCAGCUAAGAGGCCUAAAUUGUCUUCCCCGGCUCUGUCGGUCUCCGCGAGCGAUGGAAACGAUUUUGGCUCUCUGUUUGACCUGGAGCAUGACCUCCCAGAUGAGCUCAUUAACUCCUCCGACCUGGGCCUUCCUAAUGGGAUGGACCCCAGCCAAUUACACACCAGUCUGGGUGGAGGAGGCAUGUCAGGCCCUCUGGGCAGCUCGAGCCAGGACACAGCAGCCAAACACAAGCACCUGUCUGAGCUCCUCCGCCCUGGCGGCCCUCCAUCCACCUCCACGGCUGUCGGCAACCCCGGUAAUGUGUCCUCCUUGGGGAUGAUGGGAGGACUGAGCGGAUCCCCGGUUACUCAGGGACUGGGUGGCCCUCAACAGCAGCAGCCUGGCAUGAUGCCACAGCCUGGCAUGGUGGCAGGACUGAACCGGGGCAUGAUGGGUGCCCAGAAAGGGAACGGACAUCCGCAGAGCAUGAUGGGAGGGCAGAUGAUGAAUGGUGCAACUAGAAUGGCUUACGCCAAUGUGAACAUGAAUGCGGGCAUGGUUGGUAACGGGAACGUGCUGCCCGAUGCUCUGCAGCAACAGAACACAGGGCAGCAGACGGCACAGGCAGCAAUGAGACCGCAACAACCAGGAGCAGUGAACAAGAUGGGAAUGAUGGGUGCUCCAGGAGCCUACGGGGGUUCAUAUGGUCAGUGCGGAGGACAGUCCCUUGGGCCUCAGCUCCAAAACAAAGCGGGUCAACCCAACAGCAUUAACCAGUUCAACAUGGACAAGAAACCCCAGCAUGGGCAGAACAUGGUCAGCAUGCAGAGCUCUGGUGUGGUGGGUGGUGUAUCAGGCCCAGGCGGGGCAGCGGCGGCGCCCCCUGCAGCAGACCCCGAGAAGCAUAAACUCAUUCAGCAGCAGCUGGUGCUGUUACUUCAUGCUCAUAAGUGCCAUCGCAGAGAGCAGGCCAACGGAGAGGUCCGCCAGUGCAGCUUGCCCCACUGCAGAACCAUGAAGAACGUCCUUAAUCACAUGACACACUGUCAGGCCGGCAAAUCCUGCCAGGUGGCUCACUGCGCAUCCUCCAGGCAGAUCAUCUCUCACUGGAAGAACUGCACGCGGCAUGACUGUCCCGUCUGUCUGCCGCUUAAAAACGCCGGAGACAAAAGAAACCAGCAGUCUCUGCUGGGAGGUGCUGGGAUGGGCAUGAGUGGUCCGUUAGGUGGGUCGUUACCCGGUGGUCAGCCUUCAGCCCCAAACUUAAACCCACCCAGUCAGAUUGACCCAAGCUCCAUUGAAAGGGCGUACGCUGCCCUUGGACUCACCUACCAGGGCAACCAGGCAUCCAGUCAAAAUCAGCAGACCUCUGUAACAGCUCAACCCGGAAUGAGGUCGCUCAACAUUAUAGCAGGUGGGAACUCAAUGGGAGUGAACGGUGGAGUCGGCGCUCCGAUAACGAACCAGCAUCCAGGAAUGCUGCCUGACGGCAUGAUGCACAGGAACGUGACGCCUCAGAGUCUGAUGAAUGACGGCUCUGGUGUUGGUAACAUGGGUUCUGCAGUGACGGCCACACCUCCCUCUGCAGGAAUGAGGAAGAACUGGCAUGAAGACAUCACACAGGACCUCCGCAAUCACCUCGUACACAAACUUGUGCAGGCUAUCUUCCCCACUCCGGACCCUGCAGCACUGAAGGAUCGGCGAAUGGAAAACCUUGUAGCUUACGCGCGCAAAGUGGAAGGUGACAUGUACGAAUCUGCAAACAGCAGGGCGGAGUAUUACCACUUGUUGGCGGAGAAGAUUUAUAAGAUUCAGAAGGAGCUGGAGGAGAAGAGGAGAACCAGACUACAGAAGCAGGGUAUGAUGCCAGCUCAGCCUGGCAUGCCCAACAGUGCUCUACCUCAAGCACCAGCUGGCAUGAAUCAGGCACAGCUGCCCAAUGGUCCCAAUACAGAUCCGUCCUUAGUUCAAGCUGCUGGACCCAAUCAGAUGGUUAACCGCAUGCAGAAUCCUGCUGGUAUGGCACACUCACUAAAUGGUAUGAAUCAGUUUGCCCAGGUGGGUAUGCAACAGCCAAUGGGACAAAGGGCAACGCCGCCCCUGCCUAUGGGCGCAAACCACAAUCAGAUGGGUAUGCAUGGAACACCUCGGAUGACUCAACCCAACGUACCCCAAUUACAAAACCAGUACAUGCAGAACCAGUUUCCAGGCACAGGUGCCGGACUGGGCCAGGGAGCAGUCGGCCUGAACCAACCUGCGGGUCAGGGAGCCAUGGCACAGAAUCAGAUGCCCACUCCACCAUCGCUGGCAGUCCAUAGUCCAGUAGCUCAAACCCAGGCUGCAGUCUCUGGCUCCGGAGCCACUGUUGGCCCUCAGGGGCCUCCGUCCAACCUCCCUCCACCUGCUCCGCAGCCCGGAUUGCACACACACUGUCCUCCCUUACGCCAAAACUCCCCUUCUCCUGCACGCAGCCUCACCCCUACCCCUGCCCCUCAUCAAACGCCCCCGCAGAUGCCGGGUAACCAGACCCCCCAGCCCCACACCCCCACUUCUUCGACCACUAUGACCCCACCCACAAAGCCGCUGCCCCCGAUGGCACAGGGGGUGGGCUCAGAAAAAGCCAGUCAGCUACAGCAGCAGUCGCAUGGGGGUGGAGUUGCUGAAGGCCCCCAAACAGGGCUAGCGUCUUCUGUGCCUUCCCAGAAUGCACAUGGGCUUUGUGCACACCCACGCACUCCGCUCUCUCAGAAGUCAUCUCUGACGGCCGAUGGUCAGGCCUCAACUCCUGCUUCGGACAGCAGUGCUGACCCUAGCUCACAGUUAACAUCAUCCGAGCCCACCGCCCCACUCGACCCCAAAACUGAGGUCAAACAGCAGGAAGAAGAGGAUGACAAUGAGACCGAGGAUAAGGCCUCAGGGAAAAUGGCCGCCAUGCAGACUGAGAUAAAGACUGAGGAGAAACCAGAGAUUAAGAAGGAGGAGCCUGCAGACGAUGAUUGUAAGACAGAGCCAAUGGAAACAUCAACUGGAUCGACAGGCGAGGACAAGAAGCCGGAAGUCAAAACUGAACCCAAAGAGGAAGAGGUUGCAGGGACGAACAGCUCUCCCACAAACACACAAAGCAAGAAGAAAGUAUUUAAACCCGACGAGCUCCGCCAGGCUUUAAUGCCCACUCUGGAAGCUCUGUACAGACAGGACCCAGAGUCGCUGCCCUUCCGGCAGCCGGUGGACCCCCAGUUACUGGGAAUACCCGUACGUAUUCGAACUAGUAACAAAACUAACCUGGACUACUUUGACAUUGUGAAAAACCCGAUGGACUUGUCCACUAUCAAGCGUAAGCUGGACACGGGUCAGUACCAGGAGCCCUGGCAGUACGUGGACGACAUGUGGCUGAUGUUCAAUAACGCCUGGCUGUAUAACAGGAAGACGUCACGGGUGUAUAAAUACUGCUCCAAACUGGCUGAGGUUUUUGAACAGGAAAUAGACCCCGUUAUGCAGGAGUUGGGCUACUGCUGUGGAAGGAAGUUGGAGUUUUCUCCUCAAACUCUGUGCUGCUAUGGCAAACAGCUGUGUACCAUCCCUCGAGACGCUGCAUACUUCAGUUACCAGAACAGUUCACCCAAAUAUGGGCUUCUUGCUGGCAGGUACCACUUCUGUGAGAAGUGUUUCAACGAAAUCCAGGGGGAGAAUGUAUCUCUGGGGGACGAUCCAACCCAGCCUCAAACGUCCAUCAAUAAAGAUCAGUUUCAAAGGAAAAAGAAUGACACCCUCGACCCUGAGCUACUGUUGGAAUGUGCCGACUGUGGUCGAAAAAUGCAUCAGAUAUGCGCUCUGCACAAUGAGACGAUAUGGCCGUCGGGGUUUGUUUGUGACGGCUGUCUGAAAAAAGCCAAUGCAACAAGGAAGGAGAAUAAAUACACUGCAAAGAGACUUCCUCAGACAAAGCUUGGUAGCUUCCUGGAGACACGAGUGAACGAGUACCUAAAGCGCCAGAAUCAUCCAGAAAGCGGUGAUGUCACCAUUCGUGUGGUUCACGUGUCUGAUAAAGUGGUGGAAGUCAAACCUGGCAUGAAGUCCAGGUUUGUUGAUAGCGGUGAAAUGUCAGAGUCAUUCCCGUACAGGACAAAAGCUCUGUUUGCGUUUGAAGAUAUUGAUGGGACAGAUGUCUGCUUCUUUGGAAUGCAUGUGCAAGAAUAUGGCUCCGACUGCCCUCCUCCCAAUCAAAGACGCGUGUACAUCUCCUACCUUGACAGCGUGCACUUUUUCCAACCCCGUCACCUGAGAACUGGAGUCUAUCAUGAGAUCCUGAUUGGAUACAUGGAAUAUGCUAAAAAAAUGGGGUUUGUCACUGGCCACAUCUGGGCUUGUCCACCGAGCGAAGGCGAUGACUAUAUCUUCCAUUGCCACCCAUCGGAUCAGAAGAUUCCCAAACCAAAACGCUUACAAGAAUGGUACAAGAAGAUGCUUGACAAAGCAGUAGCUGAAAGAAUUGUACAUGACUACAAGGACAUUUUUAAGCAGGCAACAGAGGAUCGUCUGACCAGUGCGAAGGAGCUCCCAUAUUUUGAGGGUGAUUUUUGGCCUAAUGUGUUGGAAGAGAGCAUUAAAGAGCUGGAACAGGAGGAGGAAGAACGGAAGCGAGAGGAAAACAACACCUCUAGUGAAAGCAUUGAUGCUACCAGUGGUGACAGCAAGAAUGCUAAAAAAAAGAACAGCAAGAAGACUAGCAAGAACAAGAGCAGCUUGAGCCGGGCCAAUAAAAAGAAACCGGGAAUGCCAAAUGUCUCCAAUGAUCUAUCCCAGAAGCUCUAUGCUUCAAUGGAGAAACACAAAGAGGUUUUCUUUGUUAUCCGUCUCAUCGCUGGCCCUUCUGCCAAUUCCCUUCCACCCAUUUUGGACGCUGACCCCCUGAUGGCCUGCGAUCUGAUGGACGGACGAGAUGCUUUCCUAACGCUUGCACGAGACAAGCACCUUGAAUUCAGCUCGCUGAGGCGUGCCAAAUGGAGCUCCAUGUGUAUGCUUGUAGAACUGCACAACCAGAGCCAGGACCGCUUUGUCUACACGUGCAAUGAAUGCAAGCACCACGUUGAGACACGCUUUCACUGCACUGUUUGUGAGGAUUAUGAUCUUUGCAUCACUUGCUACAACAUUAAGGGCCAUGAGCACAAGAUGGAGAAACUUGGACUGGGUCUUGAUGACGAGAGCAACAACCAGUCUGCAGCCUCCACUCAGAACCCUGGUGACUCGCGUCGUCUCAGCAUCCAACGCUGCAUCCAGUCACUGGUGCAUGCAUGCCAGUGCCGUAAUGCUAAUUGCUCUUUGCCAUCUUGCCAGAAGAUGAAGAGAGUAGUGCAACACACCAAGGGCUGCAAACGCAAAACCAAUGGUGGCUGUCCCAUCUGCAAGCAACUCAUUGCGCUUUGUUGCUAUCAUGCCAAGCACUGCCAGGAAAACAAGUGUCCUGUGCCCUUCUGUCUCAACAUCAAGCACAAGCUUCGUCAACAGCAGCUGCAACACAGGCUUCAACAAGCGCAAAUGCUGCGUAGACGUAUGGCCACCAUGCAGCGAGCAGGCCAGCCACCACCUUGUGGAGGUGGGCCUCCAGGAGGUCCUCCAUCACCCUGCAACAAUGGAGCCACAGGUCCUAGCACACCUACGUCAGUUGGUACUCAACCUGCAACGCCUCAGACACCCACACAGCUAACACCCAACCUUGCAUCUCUGCCCCAGCCCGGUGUGGGUGGAGUCCCAGCUGGAGCUUCCCAGCAGCCUCCUCAGCAUCCAGUACACCACCAGUUUCAGCAGAUGCCAGGUGCAGGUGGGAUGAUGACCUCACCGCAACAACAAAUGGUUCCUCAGCAAACUGUGGGACAACUUCCACAUCCACACAAUCAGUAUGGUCCCCAUUCCACUGGUCUCUCCCCAAAUCCACAGUCGCAGGGUAAGCCAGGCCUUGGUCCCGCAACUCCUCCGCAGCUCCCUAGCAACCCAGGCACAGCACCUAUGUCCCAGCAACAGCAACCUUCAGGGCCUCCCGCUGCAGCUGUGGAGAUAGCCAUGAAGAUCCAGCAAGUGGCUGAUGCACAGCGAAAGAUGGCACAGGUUCAGAUGCUACAACGGCAGGCUGUGCAAGCUGGCAUGAUGCCGCAGCAUCAUCAGCAGCCACAGGGACAGAUGGGAGUAUCCCAUCCUGGGAUUGGCAUGGUAGGGCAACCAGGAAUAGCCUCGCAGGCACAAACAUCAGUGAACAGAGUGCAGAUGGAACAGCAGCAAGGAUCUCAGGGAAUGAUGGCGGGAGUUGGGCCCAUGCAGCAGCCUCAACAGGUAGGUGUGCAAGGCCAGAUGCCACAACAAAUGCAUCUACAGCAGCCAAGAAUAAACCCACAACUUCAGCCUCAGCAGCAACAGUGGCAAGGACAGGGUAUGCCAACCCAGCAGAGACCUGGCAUGAUGGCUCAACCGGGAAUGGUUGCAAUGCAGCCCCCUCCUCCUCCUCCGCAGCAGCAGCAGCAACAACCACAACAAAUGCAACAACGGCAGGCACCCCAAAUGCCGAAUCGAAAUGCAUUGAUGAGUAUGGUGCAGGCUGGUCUGCAGAGUGGUGUAGUAAGUGGGGCAGCAGCUGGGAAUCUGCCUCAGGGAGCCCUGCAGGAUCUUUUGCAGACCCUACGAUCUCCAAGUUCUCCUCUACAGCAGCAGCAAGUCCUCAACAUUCUUCGAUCUAACCCACAACUAAUGGCAGCAUUUAUCAAGCAGCGGGUUCACAAGUAUAAAGGAGGCACAGGUGGCCCUGCUGUACCACAGGGUGGGCCAGGACCAAUGGGAGGCCAGCCAGUGAGUGUCAAUACUGGGGUGCCUCAGCCUGGCAUGCACCUUGGACAGGGUGUUAACAUGCAGACUCAACUUUCUCAACUCCAAAAGCAGCAGCAAAUGCAACAACGGCCGCUACUGCAGCAACAGCAAGUAGCUGCCUUGCAGCAGCAACAGCAACAACAACAACAACAACAACAGCAGCAGCAGCAACAACAGCAAGGAAUUCAGGGUCAGGGGGCUCCAAACAUGACCAACAUGAAUCCACAGUUCAGAGAACUGGUCAUGAGAAGGCAACAGCAACUCCAGUUUCAGCAGCAGCAACAACAACAACAGCAGCAGCAGCAGCAGCAGCAACAAAUGAGUAAUCACGCAGCAUUCCAACAGCAGCAAGGUUAUGUGGGUCAGCAGGGUAACAUGCAAGUCCCGCCAGGAGGUCAACCACUACAAGGUGUGCAACCUGGCCAGCAGCAGAGUUUUUCGGGUAACCCUGCACAACAGCAAGCUGCAGCUGUCUUGCAACAGAGGCUUGCACAGCAACACCAUCUACAGAUGCAACAGCAGCAGAAGGCAGCAUCACAAGGUCCUGAUAUGGGGCACGGAGGAGGUCCGCAGCACACACAAGGAGGUCCCAGUCUACAGACAUCACAGACAUUAUUACAACAGGCUUUACAUCAGCGUCUGCUUCAACAGCAGCAACAUCACAGUGGCACCUCGCCGGCACAGCAGAACAACCCCAUGAGCCCACAGCAGCAGCAUCAGAUGUCUCAGUCACCCCACUUGCAGGGCCAACAACUCCCAUCCUCCCUCAGCAACCAAGUCUGUUCGCCUCAGCCCUCCCCACGACCCCAGUCCCAACCACCUCACUCAAGUCCGUCCCCACGCCUGCAACCGCAACCACCGCCCUCGCCCCACCACAUCUCAACUCAGACCCAAACGGGUUCUCCGCAUCCCAACCACCUUCAGCAGCAUCACUCAGGCAUGGCUCCUCCUCCUCCACCUCCCCAACAGCCACAGCACAACUUUAAGGACCCAAGUGGAUUUGGUGCAGAUCAGAACGCCAUGCUUUCUCAGCUCAGUGGCUUGGCAGGACUCCACGGACCUGGAGCUAAUGAUAUGCUGCCCCCUAGUGGCCAGGAUCUUGGCAUUAACAUGAAAACCCUUUAGACAUCAUAUAAUCAUCACAAAAUUUGCAAAGCCCCAUCAGAGACAGUGUUAGCUUUUUUAUACUAUAAGGAAGAACUUAGUGUUUUUCAUCAUAAAUGCUUUAAAAUGGACCAGCCUAGAGAGAUAGCAAAUAAGCAUGGGGGGAUUUCUUUUUUUUCUUUUGCCAGUUGUGUACAAAGAGAGGAUAGUUUCUCAGCCUCAGAGAACAAACCACAAGUAAUAUUUUUUAUGUCAGGUCCAGGGGAGAACUUUUCCUUUUUCAAGAAAUAUUUUUUAAGAUUUUAAAAGUGGUAUAAAAUUAAAGCGCAAAUGAUUAAGGACUUUUUUAUAUAUUGUUUCACCAUGUACCAGUCUCUGUUAUGUGUAUUCACAGAGUCAUAUGGAACAUUUCAAACAUUGUGAUGCAUAUAUUAUUAUAAUUAUCUGAACGUCAUGCAUAUCUUCCUUGUAAAUUUUGAGUUUUGCAUUUUAUUUAUUCUAGCUUUCAUUUUGUCGUCAUGAUGAAUUUUGUUCAUGUGUGUUCCCAGAGACUGCUACAAUUCACAUAGAAUAUAUUUUUGUUAAUACCUAUUAAAAUGAGGAGCUAUUCCAUUACUGAAGCUGGAGAUUUAGGUUAUUGAGUAUAAUAUAAAUUACAGUGUUGGGGGAUCAGGUUUUGGUGUGCGCUCCACUGCCCAUUGGAAAUUCCAUUGGACAUCACUUCUUUUGCAACAAGACAAGUUUGCAGAUGCACACACCCACCCUCAGAAUGUUUGUGCACUCUUUAUAAGAUGGAUAGUGGAGAUGUCUGUACUGGUUGGAUGUGUGUGUGUGUGUGUAUAUAUACAUAUAUAUGUGUAUGUAUAUAUAUAUGUGUGUGUGUGUGUGUUGGAUGUGGUGCUAGAGUUCAUCUGCUCAAAAUCAUGUUGGGCAGCGUUUCACACAUGAACUGUAUGACGCAGUGAAAUGGAGAAGAGGAGAGCCACUGAUUUCACCGUUUUCGUCCUUCAGUACCACUGAUUUUCCUCCACUUCCAGAACUUUCUUUGCUCUGAACUUUGGGAGUUUUAUUUGAAUAUUUUGUACUGUACAAAGGAAACACAAACUGUGGACUUCAUACUUUUUUCUUUUUUAAUAAAAUGAAGUGAUACA